AUGUGGGGCUUCAUACGGGUGCUUCAUGGGCUGUUGCCGCUAGCAGUUCAGUCCUGGUGGUGUGAGACCAGUGCUCUCACCGGUUGCCGCGGUCACCCAAGGCACUUUGUCUUGGAGACAGCAAAAGGUGAGGUGGACAAGUUCAAGGCCUUUGAGAAAUUGCCCAUUUCCUGGGUGGAUCAGCAUGUGUUCGUUGACUGGGACGGGGAUGAUGACCUUGAUGUCAUCAAGGUGAACGUGAAAGGCCUGGACUUGUUUGAGCAAGGAGAUCCAGGCUAUUUUGUGAAGAAAGAACCCAGCCCUUUCAAAGACAUGAAGGAUUUUUUUUUUGCGUGUUUGCCCGAAGUUCUUGACAUCAACGGCGAUGGCAAACUGGAUAUGCUUCUGGCAGAUAAAACGGGUGUGAGGUACUAUGAGAACAACAUUGGACUUCAAGAAAAAACUGGGAAGGAGAACCCCUUCCUGCGCAUCAGUGGCGUUCGUGGCUGCGGGCACUUGAGCGUGGCCGACUGGGACCAGGAUGGCCGAUUGGAUCUUCUGAUGGCCGACUUGGCACACCCCAUGAUUCAUUUCCGCCAGGAUUCGGAGGGCCAGUUCCGGCUGGUGGAUGACAGCCCUUUGCUACGUGUAACGGCAAAUCGCACGCUCUUCCGGCGGCCUCUGAUGGUUGACUGGAACAAGGAUGGAAGAAUGGAUUUGAUCCUGGUCGAGCAGCCGUUCAGGCGAGGAAUUCUGGCCAGCAUGCUAGCCAAACAUGGAGUUGCCCCUGCGCCGGAUGAAUCCACAUGUGAACCGCUCAUCUUUCUUCAGGACGAGGCGGGGAGCUUCUAUGAAAGCACUGCGCCCAAGGGCGUCCUGCAGAACACGGCUUGCAAGUACGGUGCCAUCUCUUUGGUGGAUGUGGAUGGAGACGAGGACAUGGAUGUCAUUCUGCUUUCUGCCUCCCUGCUGGGAAAACGCACCCUCGAAGUAUACGAGCACCUGGAAGACCAUUCCCUAGCUAUUCCAAGGCACGAACAGGCCACUUCUUUCCCACUGAGCCAGAUCAAAAUCAGCACUAAGAGUGACUUUGGCAACUUGGGGCUUCAGAUAUAUCGUCCUUUUUUGGCAGAUUGGGAUUUGGAUGGAGAUCUGGACCUGGCUCUCUUGCCACGUGCGUCUGAGCGUUUGGUGCGCUUUGGAGACCGCGCCCGCUUCUUCCGCCACGAGGCGGAUGACCGUGUCAGUGAGGUGUCGGUACCCAAUUCCUCCUGCAAGAUGAACUUCAGCUUUCCCUUCAGUGCCACCGACUUUGAUGGCGAUGGCCGGCUGGAUCUCGUGGGCGUCGACCAUGAUGAGUACGACCUCCGGCGAAUCGUGGUGUGUCUCCAAACUGCGAAUGGUUACGUGCUGCUGGAGAAGGAGAAGAACCCGUUCUACCGCGGUGCAUGUACGUAUGGGCCCAAGCACAACUUUUUGGACUGGGAUUCGGACGGGGAUGUGGACCAAAUCUGCCUGGACGACCAUGAUCACUUGCAGUUUGUGGAGCAACUUCCCAACGGCAGCCUGAAGACCCACCUGCUGCCAGUGCCAGAGACACAGGAUUAUGUAGCAGCGGACUUUGAUGGAGAUGGAGAUAUUGACCUCUUGCUGGUCGUCGCAGGGAUUGCAGGUUGGAAGUACUAUGAGAGAAGAGAAGAUGGAAGUCUCGAUGAAUUGCUUGAGCGUGACAACCCCUUUCCCCGCUCCAUGUGGAACUUGAUAUCGUCUUCACCCGAUAGCCUAACCACUACGACUGAAAUCUACGCAGCCUUGGAUGAUUGGAAUGGGGAUGGUUCUUUGGAUCUAGUAGCCGUGGGUACCAAGACGGUAUCUUUGCUUUUGAACAAACCACUACAGACCUUUGUCGAAUAUGAUGCAAGUGAUUCUCCGUUUUCAGGGAUCCAUAUGACGUCACCCUCCUUGGCAGAGUGGAACAUGGUUGAUGUUGAUGGCGAUGGAGAUUUGGACUUUGUAUUUAUGCCCAAAGGGAAAAGCGGAGUGAGUGACUUAGUACCUGAUGCACCAGCAGCAUAUCAGUACUUCGAACAUUUGGAGAAUGGAGAGUUGGCGAAGCGGGAGGGUGCUGCCAAUCCACUGCUGGCUGCGCCAUCUAGUGGAACCAUGUAUGGCGACAAGGAAGUUGGAGUUCCACGUUCGCAGCAAACGUUGAUAGGUAGUAGUCACUUGGUGGCUGAUGUUGACGGCGAUGGAGACGUUGACCUAGUGCAGUCCUUUACGAAGGGCUUUGCGUACGCGGAGCAGCGGAACGGGAGUUUUGUCAUUUUGAGAUCUAAAGACAACCCGUUUUUCCAAGGUUUGGCUCAAUUAUUUGAAAACUCGAAAUGGGAUUGUUGGACCCUCGUUGACUUCGAUGGCGAUGGCGACUUGGAUCUGGUGAAAACAAAACCUGUGGACCCAACGGAUCUUUCCAGCGUACGGAGAGUUUUGUAUUAUGAACAGGCAUCUCCAAGGUGGUCGUUCGAGGCCUCGAACUCCAGCUUUCAUCGAAGCAGUGGAAAAUUUCAUCAACGUGAAGGAAAAGACAACCCCUUUUGGAGCGUGGAUUUGGCAGCCUUGCCUCACAAAAAGGGUUGGGGUCCUUUUUGCCCUGCUGUAGUGGAUCUCGACCAAGAUGGCGAUCUUGAUUUGAUCCUGGUGAAUCAUCCUCAUUUCCUGUACUAUCAGCAGCAGAACGGCAGCUUCAAGUUGGUGGCAGAGAAUCCCUUCGCCGAGGUAUCCCUCAUUGAGGAUGGCCCUGGCGCGGCUACCAGCCUGAACUUCCAGUUUGCUGAUUGGGACCGCGAUGGUACGAUGGAUUUGGUCGCAUCCAAAAACACCAAGCUGCACUACUUCAAGCAGGGUAUAUGCUUUGCUGACAAAGCGUGCCAUGCAUCUGCCAGCUGCAGCAAGAAGACAGGUCGAUGUGAAUGCCCCACGGGUUCAAACAGCUCCGAGUGUCGCAUCUGCAGUGACUACCACAUGCGGCAGGAUGCCACUUGCCGCAGUUGUCCGGGCUUUGGAAGCGCUUCAGGCACUUGCACCCAUCGGGGCAUUUGCGACGACGACGCGGACGCGCGCCAGCGGCAGGCUGCGAAGAACGUCUCUGGCUUCGGCCGCGCCGGGGCCACCGGCUCUGGGCAGUGCACCUGCAACGAACCCUUCACUGGCGCGGCCUGCGAGCUUGGCGAAUGUCCACCAGGGCACCGCCUCCACCGAAACGCUGAGGUAAGCAACGCCACCGAGAAGUACCCGCACUGGCAAGCCUGCGCCCCGUGCCAGCUGGGGCGUUACAAGAGUACCAGUGGCAACAAGGAGUGUGACCUGUGCCCAGAAGGCAUGGUUCCGAAUGCCAAUCGCAGCAGCUGCGUGCAGUGUGCCCUGGGCCUCUUCCCAACGAACUUGAGCAGUUGCGGGAAAUGCCCUGCAGGUUCCGUCGCAGCCCUCGGGGCCUCGCACUGCACACCCUGUCCAGCGGGCACGUCCCCGAACGCGGACCGCAGCGAGUGUGUGAGAUGUGAUGAUGGCCAGGUGGCACCCCCCCGUUCUGCGCAAUGUACCCCUUGCGAACUGGGUUGGGUGCCGGACGCGCCUCGCACUGACUGUGUGAAGUGCACGGGGCAGCACUAUGCCUUGGAGGGCUAUGAGGAGUGCCGGAGGUGUACCUUUCCAGCCAUGGUUUUGGGGGUGGAAAAUUGGUGCACUUCCCUGUACUUCUUCCUCUUCCUGUUGGCCUUCCUUCUCUUGGCCCUGCUGGUGGCGGCGAUCUUUGGGAAAUGCCGGCUGGAGUGCUUCAAGAGACGCCUCAAAACGUUGGUGAAGCAGCAGGAUUGGUGCGAGCUCUAUGCUACCAAGACCUCUGCCUGGGAGUACGGCGUCUGGCAUCUGGCGGCCCAGGGGGCCUUGGAAACGCAGAAGGCGGAGGUGAAGACGCGAUCCUUUCAGUUGGGCAUCUCUUUGCACUACGUCUUUGAGGAGCUGCAGGCCAUUUACCGAGAGAAGGCUCUUGAAGCCGAGUGGCGCCUAGACACCUUUGGUCCAGCCACCAGGAGCAGCUACUUCGUGAAACUCCGUAACAUGGGCGAAAAUGUUCCUGACCGAGAAGCGGCUUGGAACGCUUUGCCGCGGUGCGCUGCGCCGGAGGACCCCAACUUUCAUCAGGUGGCAGGUUUGAUGGCCUAUGGUCCGCUAGCGCUGGGUAAGGGCCAGUACUGCCCUCGUGAUGGUCGGCUGGAUUGCAGCAUCGUGGAUGCCUUGGAAGCGAGCCAGCGCAGUGGAAGAGCCACAUGGUUCCUCUCCUGGGUUUGGGGCUACAAAUUUUCCACGGUCUUCGGUGCCCUCUCGCGCUGGUGGAAAAGGCAUCAGAUCAUCUCAGGAGACGUCUGUGGCGAUGUCUAUAUCUGGUGGUGCGUGAUGGUGAACAACCAGUUCAGAAUGUUGGAAGAGGGCCAGACAGCAGAGGCCACGAAUCUCUUCGAUGUGUUCGGUCGCCAGCUGGCGGGCAUUGGCAAAAUGUUGAUGUGCUUGGACAAAAUGAAGGAAGGGAAUUACACUACCCGUAUCUGGUGUAUCUUUGAGGUCUUCGUGGCGUGCACGCGCAGCAUCCCCACCACCGUGAUCUUACCACAGCUGGAGCUGGACGGGGACGGCAUCGAAACCCUGCAGGAACUCACCAAGCAAUGCCGGGUGGAUGCGCAAAGCGCGCAGGCGUCCGUGCCGGAGGAUGCAGUGGCCAUCAAGCAACGCAUCAUGGAGGACCAUGGAUCCUUCGAGUUUGUGAACCAGACGGUGGAAAAGGAACUUUGGUGCGAAGUCAUCAAAUUCUUGGAGAGCUCCGACGACUCCAAGUCCAGCGGGCCCAGUGCAGCCAGCGCGGCCAGCGCGGCCAGUGCGGCCAGCGGCUCCGAGAACGCGCCCACGUGCAGCGGGUCGUCGGAGGACGAGACGUCGACGGAGAUGCGAAUGGCGAAGCCAGGGAAGCCUGCGAAGCCCGGGUGCCAGCUGCAGUGAAGGGCCCGGAACCCCACCAACGAGGUCUGCUAGCAAUUUGAAGUCUGCGCUUUGUGUGCUCAAUUGGCUGCAUGCUGCCAUUCUGGCUGACCCUCACGUUUCAAGACAGGGGAAAAUUGCGAAGGCAAGGUGA